AGAAUGGCGGCGACUUCAAAGACGACGACGAAGUAAACAAACGAAAACAUGGACUGAUAUCUCAGUAUCUGUACAUUUUAAGAAGUUGACAAAGAGCUGAGGAAACAGUUCCAACAUGGACAAUUAUCAUGUCCUUGAAAUUAUCGGGGAAGGAUCCUUCGGGAAGGUGUACAAGGGAAGGAAGAAAUACAAGGCGCAGGUGGUGGCAUUAAAAUUUAUACCCAAAGUUGGAAAGCCAGAAAAAGAGCUGAGAAAUCUACGCCGGGAAAUCGACAUCAUGAGGGGUCUACAUCAUAGCAACAUCAUAGAAAUGCUGGACAGCUUCGAAACAGAUAAAGAGGUAGUUGUGGUAACUGACUAUGCAGAAGGAGAACUGUUUCAGAUUUUAGAGGAUGAUGGAAAUCUUCCCGAGGAACAGGUAAAGAUGAUAGCGUGUCAGCUGGUGUCGGCUCUGUAUUACCUUCACUCCCAUCGUAUCCUCCAUCGGGACAUGAAGCCACAGAACAUUCUCCUCGGCAAGGGCGGGAUCAUCAAGCUCUGCGACUUCGGAUUCGCACGUGCCAUGAGCUUCAACACGCUAGUACUCACAUCGAUCAAGGGUACACCUUUAUACAUGUCACCAGAACUGGUUGAGGAGAAACCUUAUGACCACACAGCCGAUCUCUGGGCUUUAGGCUGUAUCUUGUACGAGCUAUUCACGGGAACCCCGCCCUUCUACACAAACAGCAUCUUCCAGUUGGUCAGCCUCAUCAUCAAGGACCCCGUCAAGUGGCCUAAGAACAUGACACCAGUGUUCAAGGACUUCCUGCAGGGUCUGCUCACCAAAAACCCCAAAGUACGCCUGUCAUGGCCGGACCUGCUACAUCACCCCUUCGUGGCCGACGGGGUCAAUGUGCGAGAAGAAGACGUAAACCUACCAAGCCCCUUUACACAGCCCCUCACCGCCUCCAUGCAGAUCAUGAAGGAGAAACAGGCCAAGGAGAAGGCACAUCCACCUGGCACCUCUAAAAUACUAGCCAAGGCCAAGCGCAAGGCCAUGGAGGAAGAAAAAAAGAAAGGAACAAGGGAGAUCCCUGGUGCAGAGAAAUAUAACAAUAAUGGGAAGGAAGCUUGGGGCGACAAACCCAAAAAGAGUGGGGAGGGAGAGGACAAACAGGAACAGCCAGACACAGGAAAUGGUGUGAAGGCCGCUCCGACUGAGGGGGAGCGCCCACCGUCGGACGCAGCUUGGGUUAACACUGGGACCAGUAAGCGAGAUGAAGGUCUUGAAAUUGAGAAUCUGAGCCCUACCCCGCGGACAGAUCGCAUCAGUAAGGACUAUGAGAAGGAAUACCCCAGCAUAGAGAUUGAAGGGAGGCGUACAGUGCGACGCAGUCCAGAAAAAAAAGAAAAACGCAAGAACAUUGAGAAAGUCAAACUGGAAGGGGAGGAGGUGGACAGUGAUGAUGAAUGGCAGGGUCUUAUUGAUGCCACCGACCAGGAAGGAGACCCAGAGGUGGCCAUGAAACUCCUCAAGGACCAGAAAUUCCAUGGAAAACUGAAGACGAGGAUUGGAAACAGCUCUGGUCAGGUCUUAGAUGGGAUGCUGGAAGGCGCGGCCAGACUCCGGACAGUCCUUCGAGUGGUCACUAAUCUGGUCACCAUUAAGUGUGAGGUGGCACUUAUCCUGGACUUCCUCAAGGCCCUGUCCAUUCCCAAACAAGUCUUACAGCUGAUGACAGAAAUCUUAGAAAAGUCCAAAGUCAAACAGCAACCAUGGUGUCAGCAGAUACUGAUGGACCUGGUGAUCGCCCUCAAUGCCUACUUCGCUAGCGAGAUCAGCUGGUGUGAUAAACUGGACAAAGAAGUGGUACAGGAGUAUUAUGAUGCUAUGCUGCAGUUUAUGUCCGUUUUCCCCAAAUUGGUCAGUCUGCCUGCCGAUGAGGACUUGCGACUUAGGGAGCAAGCUGUGCUGUGUGGGAUGUUUACCUGUGAAGUGAUGGAGAGGAAUAAAUUACACUUGGCAAACCAGUACUUCACUCAAUUAUCCGGUAAACACAUGGCGGCCAUAGACGCCCUCCUGGAGUGUACCAAACCCGACGCUCAGAUACUCAAAAAACUCACAGGCUCGAAGCUGGCGGACGGUAACGGUGAAGCGGCCGCAGAGAGGAUGGACACCCUGAUACAGAUAGCAGUGACCACCCUGUCAGUCAUGGUCACUCUGCCCCUGACCCCCGACGAGGGAGCAGACGGCCGGAGAAAGGUAGCCCAUUACCUGGGAGACAAGCUUGCAUCCAAGGGUACAGAACAGUUAACUGAUGAAUUUCUAAUGUUAUCUCGACACCCGGCCCACUGUACAAAUGUCUUAAAGGUUAUUUACGCGUGUUCGCAAGUGUCAUCUGUAUUCUGUUCAUACAUCUCCAACCAGCUAAACCACAUGGAUUCCCUGAUGGGUGUCCUCAUGGGCAAGGUUGAGGUGCAGGACAUGGAGAUAAACUCGGUGAUAGAGAUGAUCCUACACGUGUUCAGUACUAUAGUCAUACAGCUACAGACGUUACCUCAGGUGUUGUCCGAGUCAGCCUCCGUCUUUGUAAACAUCUUCCUCGAGUCCACCAUUGCCAGUCAUACCGCGGCAGCAGCCCUGUUGUUCAGUCAGAUGAUCUAUUGCGGGGUCUCUGUUGAGGUGCAGCCGGAGGAGAUGUUACAAGCUUGUCUGUCUGUGUUCACAGAUCUACAACAGAUAACCAACUGUUUUUCUCAGAUCUGUGUGCGAUGUCCUUUUGACUACGGUGUGUUGGAUGGUCUACUGCUACUUCUGUGUGAAAUGCUGGCGCAGGCGGAGGGCCCGGUAGCCCAGAUGUACAUAGACACCGGUAUAUGGGGGACACUGUGGCACAGAGUGGCCCAGGCAUUACAGGUGACCAACCCAGAGACGGACACACCCAUCCAUGACAUCGAGGAGGAGGGGGGACCAGUGUCUGGCUUCCACUCUCCAGACUGGACUCUAGUGUCACCACAGGGCCUCAUGGCCGUACUACAGAUGUCUGUCACAGUCUUCACCAAGGAGACAAAUCAGUGUAUCCCUAACCUCGCUGUACCUGACAGUAUCAUACUGCUGACCAUUGCCCACCUCCUCAACAAAGACUUCCUUGCUGCCAUAGUAACCAGUUUUGACACUGAAGGUGUACAGCUGGCCACAGACAUCAUCCUCCAGGUCACACAGUUGUGCUGUUUCCCCUUUGCAAUAGAUCUUCCCGACGACCUGCUCACCGAAGUACAGAGUUGCCUGUUCACUGUGAACAUAUUGCCCCGACUGUUACACGCCUGUAAUAAAUACCUGAAGCAAGCUCAGAUGGAAAUGCCCCUCGGCUUGAUCGUACACCUCGUCCUCAGCAGUGAUGACUUCAUGGACAGAUUCAUUAAGUCCCUAAAGGACCUUAAGGCCCUAUCCUUCCUUAGUAGCUGUAUACAGCCGUCCAGUCAAGAGGCGGUCAUAUGUGACGUUAUAUCGCUGUGUAAUCAUCUAGUCAGAUCAUCUAAAGAUAAUUAUCAACUCGUCAAGUCUGUCUUCCAUGGUACUAAGGGUGACUAUGAACCUCUGUCUGCCAUGCUGCGUCACCGGUCAGGGGCGGUGAAGUCCAGAGCGUGCAGUCUGAUAGGUAAUCUUAUGAAGCACCACGGCCAGUUCUAUGCCAUCCUCAAACAGAGAGACAAGAUCCUUUCCGGGUUGAUAGCUGGUCUCAAGGAUGAAGAUCCACAUAUUCGCAAGGGAGCCAGCUACGCAAUAGGAAAUGCUGCCUUCCACAAUGCGGACCUUUACGCCAAACUCCGACCAGUCAUUCCAGUCCUCAUGGACCUGCUCCGAGACCCUGUCUCCAAAACCAAGGCCAAUGCUGCCAGUGUGUUUGGCAACAUGAGUCUACAUUCCAAUACCCUGUGUUCUGACCUGAAAAAAGCCAAAGUUGUAGCUAGGUUACUGGACCUGGCUUGUAAUGACCAACACCACAGUGUUCAAGUCAGUGCUAUUCUGUCCCUCCGCAGUCUCACCCGCAUGGAUGACCUGAAGAGAGAAAUGGUAUCCCAGAAGGCCGUAGAGAAGCUGAACUCCAUCACUGUAGCCAAUACUCCCCGACCCGGGUCUGUAGCGUCCCGACCUCCCAGCGUCAUGGCCGUCGGGGUCAGCUUUCAGAGCAGUUAUGGGUCAAGUAGUUCUAAUGUAUAUACUCACAGUAGUAAACUCGUACGAAUUCUACAGGGACACGAUAAAUCAAAUAAAGCUUAAUUAGCUCAUCACAUUGGGACUCGGUGCCAGAUCUAGCUCUGGCACAAAUUUCAAAACCACGUUAGAAAUCACGUCAGAAUUCUUCAUGCACAGAAAAGUCAACUUAGAUAUAUUUAAUGCUCCAAUUUCAUUUCAACCAACCGUUGUGAAAUCUGAAUGCAAAUGUAUAGGAAUUGAAUACAUGUCAGUAUUCCCUUUCAUUUUGAAUAAACCUGUCCUAUGGGCAGACGAUAAGACUGAUUGUUGAAUAGCAAUGCUGUAAACAUUUGGUGGAGAUCUUGGCUGUCACAAGGCUGGCUAACUCAUUCACCCCUACAUAUUCAAACUGGACUUGCCCAGUCUUUGAUUUGGUGAGGUUCAAAUGCGACUUUAGGGGUGAAUAGGUUAAAAAGGGAAAUAAUAUCUCAUAACUGUAGCAGAGAGAAAGGUGUACAGCACAGCUUUUACAAGCAGAUAUCAACUCGUACUUGAGUUUCUUGGUUAUUCAAUGUUUGUGUUCAACCAUUCUGAAACUGGUAAACAUGAUUCAGUAAACAACAACAACUACCUGACUUGUUGUGGUUAUCAACAAAGUUCUGUGUCUGGACAUUUUCUUUUAAAGUGAUCACUCAAUAUAAAUUUUAGUUGUUACGAUGGGUUUAGGGCAAACAUUUAAAGAAAAGUCAUCAACAGUCAUUAAUAAAUAAUUGAUUAAAUCAUUGAAUAGUCAUCAGAAAACCAUUUUAUUUUCAUGUAUUUAAAAUGUUUAUGAGAAAUCAUCACAAAUGUAUUUUAUAACUGCAAUUUUAUCAUUAACAUUCCAAGAGAACAGCAUGAAAAAUGUUUUUCUCCGAUAUUGUGAAAUACACCUCGAACAUUUUCACCAAUUUAUCUAUUAAUUUGUAUCAUAUUACUUAGAUAUUGACUUGGUAUAUUACAGAUAUUUUAUGCAAAUAUAUGUGGCUUUUUUAUCAUUCCGUCAGGGUUCUUCUGAAUUUUAUUAUCAAACUUUUAAAAUAUUAAAACGUAUGUGAUAUGUAAACAUGUAUUACAUCAUUGAAUCUAGUUCAUCCGUAAUUUUGUAAUGUUGAAAGAACAUUAUGGAUAAUGUCUCAUUUUGUUGGUCUUCGUUUCACAUUUAAACAAUUGAAUAUGAUACAAAUAUAAUGUGUUAUCUGUAUACCAUGGUCAGACUGCUAUAAUCCUGCCUAGGAAUAUUAAGUAAACUCAUUCACCCCUGAAGACAUAUUUGAACUCUCCCAAUUCAAAGGUUGGAAUAGUUCAUUGUGAAAUUUCAGGGGUGAAUGAGUUAAAUUGUGAUCAUCCACGCAUUCAGCUUCAGUUGUUGCCGAUUUAUGUUCAGAAGAAAAUGCAUCAUUUCUCGUUUGUCUCGUCUAACAUGUUAUAAUAUGAUAACUUAAAUAUGGCUCUUUGUUAGGUAUUGUUAUUGACAAGCGUAAGUUCAGAAAUGAGUUAUUGAAAUUGUUAAAAUAUGAAAAUGUCAUAUUUAAAUUCAUUUUAGUGCUAUUUUAGUGUCCCGUUUUGUAUUUUACAAGUUGUUACAACUGACAUUUGUCUACAACAUCAGUCAGUGUUAUGAACGUAUUGUAGUAUAUCUUAUUUUUCCAACAUUCCAUAUAUACAUAUAGGUAUAUAAAGGUAUGUGUGAAAAGUAAUGUUGAAUAAUAGAUUGUAUUUAAGUUACAAACCCAGGACUUAUUUCACAUGAUAUGACAUGUCUUGUACCGAUGUAUUAUAUUUUUUUCCCCCCCCAAACAUUGUUGAAUUUUGACUGUUUGAACCACCUACAUACAAAUCAUACUAGUCUUGUUUAAGUUCAUGUUUUAAGAAACAUAACCAAUUAGUUAAAUGGUGUAUAUAUAUAUUUUUCCCCCCAAAAAAUUUGUCAUCUACUUUCAAUUAAAUAAGAAGUAUGGUAAAUAAAGGCAUAGCAUUUACUUUGAUGAGGUUUAUUUGAAAUUUAGAAUUUGACUGUUUCUAGUAAGAUUGAUUUGGUGCAAUUUGUAUCUGAAUUUAUCUUUUAAUAUACAUAUGUACCAUUUAAAUGUACUUCGUCAGGGUUAAGUAGUAGCCUCUGUAAAGAAAGGAUAAUUAGUUAGUACAUGUGUGUAGCUUUCUUAUCUGUUGUAUGUAAUUACAUCAACUUUUUCAUCAAUGAACUGUAGUAUCGAUGAUAACCAGAACAGGGACGUCAAGUCCAAUUAAUCAAUCAAUCAAAUUAAUUUCAUUAAUGCUUCAUUAUUCAAAUUCUUUUCGUCUGGAUAUUACACAUGAUAGAAGUUGAUAUACGUAAUAUUAUAUAGAAUAUCUAAACAAAAAUAAUCAAUAUCCGUUAAAAAUCUAAACAUAGAAUAAUAUUAUUUAUGAUUAUAUAGAAUAUCAUUCUAUGAAUAUUCUAUAUAAUAUUCUAUUCUACAUAUAGGAUAACCAUAUACGUUUCUUAUCGAAAUAUACAAUAUUGGUUUUUCAUAGCGACACCCAUAACCAAUUCUGCCUCAUCACAGGUAUUUGAAAGUCACAAAUAUCUGUGUCAAGAUAUUUUACUCGCUAUGGAUUUGUAUCAUAUGUGAAGAAUGAAUGAUUUUGGAUGUAAAGCUAUAUUUUGACGAGUUUUGUAAGCAUGCAACUGUGUCAGUCGUAAUUGCAAUAACCAAACAAUGUGAUGUUCCGUUAUAUAUGUAUUUUGAAUGAUACAAUAUUGAAAUCCGAAUUGUUUAAUUGUUUAUAUUGUGACUUAAGGACAAAAGGUAAUUCCGUCCUUUUGAAAAGAACAUAUUAAAUUUAACAAAACAAAAAAAAGUUUCCAGUUAAAGUGGUUGUGUCGAUGAAUCUCAAAUCAUAGGUGGUAUAAUUAAAAGGAAUCUCCAUUUUUGUUUAAAGUUCGAAAUUUGUAAAAAAAAGGUUCAGGAAGGAUAAUUGUUAUAUCUGAAACAGAACUAUAUAUAGGUCUGUUGAAUAAAACCUUAUAUUAUAUAUGUUCAUCAUUUCUAAAUGACACUCAGAAAUGUUUCCUUUUCACAAACAGAAGCAUAUGAAUAUGUCACAAUAUUGACCUCCUCAAUGCUCCAGGGGUUAUUACGCUCAUUUACAUCCUCUGCACCCCUAGAAUAUAUUGUAACAAAAAUUGAAGGCAUGCAGCUAACUAAUUUCAUUGGUUUUGGGUAAUAGAAACCUGAUCAAUUGAUAGGUUGAUACCUGUCCUUUGAAGAUUACGGAUGAGCGGCACCCGACUUCAAAGCCAGUCAAUUUUACUGUUUCCGCAAGAUUCUUUUGUUUUACAUUGAAAAAUCUUGGAUGGAACUCAUUUUGGAAAGGAAAUAAGGUAGCCUGCCUCCUUAAGCCAUGUUAACGUAUAUGUAUCGAAAUGUUAUGAUGACAUACACAACCAUUUGUGAAAAGUCAACAUACUUGAAACAAAGAAAACCUUUUUUUUUAUUUGAAAGACCACUUCCUGUUUGUAGGAAAAUAUGCAGACUUGAACAUUUUCAUGUUGUUGAUUUUAAAUUUAAUUUAUUCUUCUGUAACUUGAAACUGGAUAGAAUGUUUGAAAUGUGAAAGUGAAAUAUAAUGUGCUCGCAAUGUUGUACAGGUAACUAUUAAAAUCAUACUUUAAUUGCCGUCCAAUAUCCAUUUCAAUAUGUUUUUUUGUUCCAUUUAUUGAUAAACUAUACAUGUCCUCAUUGAUUUGUUGUGUAUAUAAAUGUGCUUACAGUGUUAAUAUUUAGAAUUAUAAACUGGUUCUAAGCACUUAUGUCAGAAUUUUGUGAAAUCGUUUUUUAUCAGUCUGGACAUUUUUAUUGUCCAAAGUCCCCCUCCCCACAAGAGCAGAAGAUACUAAUUUUGGUUUGUCCACCAAUACAAGAUUUUUCAGACGAAUUCCCUAAAAUAUUCAUGAGGAAUGCUUGUAUCGUCAUUGAAAUUCUCAAGCUAAGUUUCAAGACAAUGGAAGCUGUGCAUAUUUAAAUAGAUUAUGGAUGCUUCCUCGAUUCUGAUUGGCAGAAUAACUUACCGAAAUAUUGCUGUAUUUUAGUCAAAUUUGUGAAUAUUGGGUAUAGGUGUACAUAAUGGUAAUGCUCAGGUGUAAGAUAAUGUAGACGGAUACUUUUGCAAAGGAUUCUAAAGGUAUUGAGUGUAAAUUUGUGUUUUAUGAGCAAGAAAAUACAUCACCUUGAUAUGUGAAUGAUAACAAAAUUAUAGUGAAAAUGUGUGAAUGAAGAUGUUUGUAUUAAUGUUGUCCAUUAAGGUUUUUUAAAGUGCAUGAAAAACCCAGUUCUAUUAUUUUAAUAUUUUAUUUGUUUUCACAAUAAAUUUCCAGUUUCAAAUCAACAAAAUCUUCUGCAAAUUCAUUUUUGUCCAUCAACAGGCCUUAGUACUUAUUCCAGACACAUAAAAAGGUGGGGAUAGGGUGGGAGGAUGUAGAAAGUUUAAGUUUAAGAUGAAAGCAUUGAUUUUCAUGAGACCAUGGCUACCCAAUUUUAUCAAGUUUUAUUUAUAUCAUUUUUUGUAAGAUGCUAGAUUUAUUAUUAUGAUAAACUUAAGUUAGCAAUACUAAAAUCACAAGACUUAUUCAUAAUAAGUGAAGUAAUCCUGUCCUUGAUAUUAUUAAAUUUGAAAGGCUACACUUAACAAUAGUUGCCUGAGUUUUAAAAUACAAAAAAAGCAGAACUCCAUGGUUCAUUACAGAAUUCUGUUCCCGGCACUCCAUCAUUGAUACUCCAGGGUUUACGCUCACUUUUGCUCUCCGCACCCCUGGAAUAUGUCAUAGCAAAAUUGAAGGGACGCGGCUGACUAUU